AUGGAAUCCUUGAAGACGCGCGCGGAGCAGAAUAUCCUGAGAGUUCUAUGGGGAGUGAUGGUCAUGGCCUCGAGCGGCAAUGGCGCAAGAGUUGUCAGUGGUAAGUUGUGAUGAUAACUUUUAUAAAGUCGUUUUUCACAUGUAAUAUAGGUCAACUUUGAAUGAUCGUACAAAACAAAUAAGCAUUAUAAUAUAAUAACGUCUGAGUAUUGGGAUUUCUGUUAUCCUCAAGAUCAAAAUAAUCAAAUAACAAUUUAUUUAUCAUUCUCAUGAAAGGAACAAUAAUCUCAAUCAUAAACUACCAGUGAAAUAUAACAAUUUGUGACUAUGUUAAAGUUGUCUAUAGCUUAACAUCAUCAUCAUCAUCAUCAUCAUCAUUAUAUUUAGAUGGAAAUGAGUGAAUUUAGGAUUAUGGAAAAUAUAAAUAGGUCUAAGAUUGGGCACACAAUAGUUUAGGCUAUCUGAGACAAUAUAACGUUUUCUCCAUAUGGAAUCAUGUUUUCUAUCCCAGACAUUAUUCAUGUUAAAAAUGUAAUUACAUGUUUUUAGUUUUUUAUUUUACCUUUAUUUAACUAGGCAAGUCAGUUAAGAACAAAUUCUUAUUUACAAUUACGGCCUACACCGGCCAAACCCGGACGACGCUGGGCCAAUUGUGCGCCGCCCUAUGGGACUCCCAAUCACGGCCGGUUGUGAUACAGCCUGGAAUCGAACCAGGGGGUCUGACGCCUCAAGCACGUAAACUGUUAUUGCUGCAGAUUUGCUGUUAUGCUCUAUUGCAGGUUUAUUUUUUAGAGUUGUUUAUUUCAAUAUCUAUGUUUUUGCAUGUACAUUGAUUGAUUGAUUAAUUCAUUAAUCUUAUGCUACUCAAAUAUAUAUAACAUACAUUUUUCUAAACUAAUCCAAAUCUACUUAUUGCACCCUUUACUGAAAUGGUUGUUUCAGUUUAGAUGUUUAAGUUAGUCUCAUAUCUUAAUAUUCCUAACCCUGGCAUUAAUUCUGAAUUCAGGUUUCAGGUGAAUAAACAUUCUAAAUGGAUAUCCCCACUAUGACUGGAUUUCAAUAGGAAUUACACAUCAAUUUGCAAGCCAGCAUAAUGUGUCUUGCAGUAGAUAGUGAUAGCGCUGAUGUCAUCCACAUAUUCCUAUGGAAAACACCUGAUGGCGCAUGAAGCCGGAAUUAUUUGAAUUUGAAGCGUGCCAUUUUGUUGUAUGGGGCUGAAUGGCACCAAAACAUCGCUAAGGGUCAUGGUGAAAGUGGCCGUAACUAGCAAAGGAUCAUGGUCGAUGUAGUCGUUUUCAUCCUGCCUGAGAGAGUCAACCGGGAGCCUCCUCAUAGCCUGCCGGCACGUUCUGAUUGGUCUGUGUCAGCACGUGGUCCUGUGUGACGACAAAUGCACUAGUCAGAAUGGAUCACAAUUUAAUGAAAUAUCUUGAUUUGUAGCAAACUUUAAAAUCAUUCACUGUGGGGAUCGAACUUGAUCAUAAUAAACUAAUUUUAGAGUCCAAAACGUCCGUCUAGAUUUUGAUUUUGGGGGCCACUCGAGCUAUCGUAAUUUACAUAGGCUUUCUAGAGUAGACCAGGACUUUUGUCACCGCUAGGUAGCUACGCAGUAGCCGACCAGCAGAGCUCGAGACUUCACGCUCCAGACGGACACGGGGGGGCUGCCUGUAAACUAUGAGUUACAGGCCACUGUAUUAAGGUACAUCUAGGCCUUCAUAUUCACUUAGGAUCUCACUUGGUGAAGGCCACAGGACAAUAAGUGACUGAAUGCAACAACCAUGUCUCUGUCACUAGCAAACCAGUCAUGGGUGUUACUGGAAACUCUAAAAUUAACUUGAAAGGCACGCUGGGAAAUAUGUAAAUAUGGCUUAAAAUCCUACAGCAGGGCUAUUAAAUUCCGGUCCUGGAGGACCGAAACAUUUCUGGUUUUGGAUUUUUGUAUGGUUCUUCAAAGAACCAUCCCAUUUAUAGUUCUUCAGAGACCCUAAAAUGGUUCCUCUAUCGCAUCGCUCUCAAGAACAUUACUUGGAUCCAACUCGCACCUUUAUUUUUUAAGUGUACCGUUAAAGAUUCUGAGGUGUGUGUAGGAAUGUGUGUGAGCCUGUUAGAGUUCGUUUACCAGGGAACUGUCCUUCUAGGUUUUUUUGACUGGUGGUUAUUGGGGUUGGACAGUUGAUUUAUUGUUCCCUCCCUCUGGGACUCUACAUUUAUGAAAUAACUUACAGCAGGCUGCGGUUCUACACGUGUCAGUGCUGUCAGUGUCAUAGGGCAGGCUGCUGACUUAACAUGUUUGUAUUCAAAUCUGUUACAGAGAGAGAGAGAGAGAGCGAGAGAGAGAGGGAGAGAGUCUUGGACUUUUAUUUCAUUAGGGUGAGAAAUGUAGUCUUGCUAACACCUAGUUUUGCUAAGUCCUACUGACUUCAGAGUCUAUGAAAUAUGCCCCUCUUUAACCUAACAUUUCCCUACAGUGUGAUUUAGACUAAAUAAACUGCAAGUGACACGGAUGGAAAAAAGACUGAAAGAGACAGACAGAGAAUCAGUGAGAGAAACAGACAGAGAGAAUCAGUGAGAGAAACAGACAGAGAGAAUCAGUGAGAGAAACAGACAGAGAAUCAGUGAGAGACAGACAUAGGGGAUCAGUGAGAGAAACAGACAGAGAGGAUCAGUGAGAGAGACAGACAGAGAAUCAGUGAGAGAGACAGACAGAGAAUCAGUGAGAGACAGACAGAGGGGAUCAGUGAGAGAAACAGACAGAGAGAAUCAGUGAGAGAGACAGACAGAUAGAAUCAGUGAGAGACAGACAGAGAUGAUAAGUGAGAGACAGACAGAGAGAAUCAGUGAGAGAGACAGACAGAGAAUCAGUGAGAGACAGACAGAGGGGAUCAGUGAGAGAGACAGACAGAGAGGAUCAGUGAGAGAAACAGACAGAGAGAAUCAGUGAGAGAAACAGACAGAGAAUCAGUGAGAGAGACAGACAGAGAGGAUCAGUGAGAGAAACAGACAGAGAAUCAGUGAGAGAAACAGACAGAGAAUCAGUGAGAGAGACAGACAGAGAUGAUAAGUGAGAGACAGACAGAGGGGAUCAGUGAGAGAGACAGACAGAGGGGAUCAGUGAGAGAGACAGACAGAGAGGAUCAGUGAGAGACAGACAGAGAAUCAGUGAGAGAUACAGACAGAGAGGAUCAGUGAGAGAGACAGACAGAGAAUCAGUGAGAGAGACAGACAGAGAAUCAGUGAGAGAGACAGACAGAGAUGAUAAGUGAGAGACAGACAGAGGGGAUCAGUGAGAGAGACAGACAGAGAGGAUCAGUGAGAGAGACAGACAGAGAGAAUCAGUGAGAGAAACAGACAGAGAGAAUCAGUGAGAGAAACAGACAGAGAGGAUCAGUGAGAGAAACAGACAGAGAGAAUCAGUGAGAGAAACAGACGGAGAGAAUCAGUGAGAGAAACAGACAGGGAUCGGAGAGAAGAGAAACAGACAGAGAGAAUCAGUGAGAGAAACAGACAGAGAGAAUCAGUGAGAGAAACAGACAGAGAGAAUCAGUGAGAGAAACAGACAGAGAGAAUCAGUGAGAGAAACAGACAGAGAGAAUCAGUGAGAGAGACAGACAGAGAGAAUCAGUGAGAGAAACAGACAGAGAGAAUCAGUGAGAGAGACAGACAGAGAGGAUCAGUGAGAGAGACAGACAGAGAGGAUCAGUGAGAGACAGACAGAGAGGAUCAGUGAGAGAGACAGACAGAGAGAAUCAGUGAGAGAAACAGACAGAGAGAAUCAGUGAGAGAAACAGACAGAGAGAAUCAGUGAGAGAAACAGACAGAGAGAAUCAGUGAGAGAAACAGACAGAGAGAAUCAGUGAGAGAAACAGACAGAGAGAAUCAGUGAGAGAAACAGACAGAGAGAAUCAGUGAGAGAGACAGACAGAGAGAAUCAGUGAGAGAGGGGGAUUGAGGAUCCUUGAGAGAGGGGGAUUGAUGAUCAUUGAGAGAGACAGACAGAGAGGAUCAGUGAGAGAGACAGACCGAGAAUCAGUGAGAGAGGGGGAUUGAGGAUCAGUGAGAGAGGGGGAUUGAGGAUCAUUGAGAGAGAUGAAAGACGUUCCAAAGGUCUGCAUUAGUGGCUUGUAGGCUAUGUGUGGAAGCCAGGAGAUGCUAAAUGUGUUUAUGUUAAUUAACGGUCAAUUACCGUGAGACAGACAGUUAUUUUCUUGACAAUCACCGGUUGACGACAUUUCGUUAACGCCCCAGCCCUAUGGUAUGCCUAACUUGGUGUUUGAGGGUUUAAAAAAAAAUUGAAAACGUUCUUGAGAUGAAACUGUAUGUGUGGACAUAGGCAGACAGUGUAAUUUGAGGAUGCAUUUUUAUGCAUAGGCCUGUUCUACAAUGAUAUUCAAUAGGCUACAUCUGUCGGUACAACAUUUAUAGAGAAAUUAUCACCUAAUAAUAAAAAAGAAAUUGCGCUCCCUCACCUAAACAAAUAGCACUACGCCACUGGAAUUAUAGGAAAGAUGAUGACGGUUGAGAAGAAGAACGGCGCCGGAGGGGAUGGCUGCUGUUUUACAGGGCUCCUAACCAAUUGUGCUAUUUUUCGUGUUUUUUUUUCAUGUUGUUUGUAGCUUAUCUUGUACAUAAUGUUUCUUCCACCGUCUCUUAUGACCGAAAAUAGCUUCUGGAUAUCAGAACAACGAUUACUCACCUCGAACCGGACCAAGUUUUUUUCUUUAAUGAGUCUGAAGUGAAGGAUUUACUGCUGCUACCGGACCAGGCCCAAAUCCCCGUCAUUCACAUGAAGAGGAGACGGAGAUUGUCACACCCUGGCUCUGGGACUCAUUAUGUUGAGCCAGGGUGUGUUCAUUUCUAUGUGUAUAUUUCUAUGUUGGUGUUCAUUCUAGUUUGUUGUAUUCUAUGUUUGCCUGAGUGACUCCCAAUCAGAGGCAACGAGUGUCAGCUGUUGGCUGGUUGUCUCUGAUUGGGAGCCAUAUUUAAACUGUAUGUUUUCCCUUUGUGGUUGUGGGUUUUUGUUCCGUGUUCGGUCUUUGAUACCGUGGACGUCACGAGUCGUGUUUUGUUUUGUAUUUUGACGCUUUAACUAAUUAAAGUCAUGUUUGUUCAUCACGCUGCGCCUUGGUCUACUCCUUACCUCGACCGUGACAGAGAUACAGGGGACGCAGAUCCGGGUGCCUUGUGAGAAUUCGUCGGCGAGUGGGUAACCCACCUCUACCACUCGUCCUAUUGGCCAACGUGCAAUCACUGGAGAAUUAACCGGAUGAGCUCCGUUCGAGACUAUCCUACCAAUGGGACAUUAAAAACUGUAAUAUCUUAUGUUUCACUGAGUCGUGGCUGAACGACGACAUGGAUAAUAUACAGUUGGCAGGGGUUUCCGUGCAUCGGCAAGACAGAACAGCUACCUCCGGUAAGACGAGGGGUGGUGGUCUGUGUCUAUUUGUUACUAACAGCUGGUGCGCAAAAUCUAAUAUCAAAGAGGUCUCUAUGUUUUGCGCGCCUGAGGUAGAGUACCUCAUGGUAAACUGUAGCUCACACUAUUUACCAAGAGAGGUUUAAUCUAUAUUUUUAGUAGCUGUCUAUUUACCACCACAAACCGAUGCUGGCAUAAAGGCCACACUCAACGACCUGUGUAAGGCCAUAAGCAAACAAGAAAAUACUCACCCAGAGGCGACGAACCUAGUGGCCGGGGACUUUAAUGCAGGAAAACGUAAAUCUGUGCAACCAGAGGAAAAAAACUCCAGACCACCUCUACUCCACACACAGAGACGUGUACAAAGCUCUCCCUGGCCCUCCAUUUGGCAAAUCUGACCAUAAUUCUAUCCUCCUGAAGUACCAGUGACUCACUCAAUACGGAAGUAGUCAGAUGACGCAGAUGCAAAGCUACAGGACUGUUUUGCUAGCACAGACUGGAAUAUGUUACGGGAUUCAUCCGAUGGCAUUGAGGAGUAUACCACAGUCACCGGCUUCAUCAAUAAGUGCAUCGAUGACGUCAUCCCCACAGUGACCGUACGUACAUACCUCAACCAGAAGCCAUGGAUUACAGGCAACAUCUGCACUGAGCUAAAGGGUAGAGCUGCCACUUUCAAGGGGCGGGACACUAACCCGGACACAUAGAAAUCCUGCUAUGCCCUCCGACGAACCAUCAAACAGGCAAAGCGUCAAUACAGGACUAAGAUUGAAUCCUACUACACCAGCUUUGACGCUCGUCGGAUGUGGCAGGGCUUGUAAACUAUUACGGACUACAAAGGGAAGCCCAGCCGUAAGCUGCCCAGUGACACGAGCCUAACAGACGAGCUAAAUGACUUCUAUGCGCGCCUCGAGGCAAGAAACACUGAAGCAUGCAUGAGAGCACCAGCUGUUCCGGACGACUGUGUGAUCACGCUCUCCGUAGCCGAUUUGAGUAAGACCUUUAAACAGGUCAACAUUCACAAGGCCGCAGGGCCAGACAGAUUACCAGGACGUGUACUCAGAGCAUGCGCUGACCAACUGGCAAGUGUCUUCACUGACAUUUUCCGUAAUACCUACAUGUUUCAAGCAGACCACCAUAGUUCCUGUGUCCAAGAACGCUAAGGUAACCUGCCUAAAUGACUACCAACCCGUAGCACUCACAUCUGUAGCCAUGAAGUGCUUUGAAAGGCUGGUCAAGGCUCACAUCAACACCAACAGCCCAGAAACCUUAGACCCACUCUAAUUCGCAAACCGCCCCAACAGAUCCACAGAUGACACAAUCUCUAUUGCACUCCACACUGCCCUUUCCCAUCUGGACAAAAGAAACACCUACGUGAGAAUGCUGUUCAUUGACUACAGCUCAGCGUUCAGCACCAUAGUGCCCUCAAAGCUCAUCACUAAGCUAAGGACCCUAGGACUAAACACCUCCCUCUGCAACUGGAUCAUGGACUUCCUGAUGGGCCGCCCCCAGGUGUUAGGCAACAACACAUCUGCACGCUGAUCCUCAACACGGGGGCCCUUCAAUGGUGUGUGCUUAAUUCCCUCCUGUACUCCCUGUUCACCUACGACUGCGUGGCUAAGCACGACACCAACACCAUUAUUAAGUUUGCAGACGACACAAUAGUGGUAGGCCUGAUCACUGACAAACAUGAGACAGCCUAUAGGAAGGAGGUCAGAGACCUGGCAGUGUGGUGCCAGGACAACAACCUCUCCCUCAACGUGAUCAAGAUGAAGGAGCUGAUUGGACUACAGAAAAACUCCCCCAUUCACAUCGAUGGGGCUGUAGUGGAGCAGGUCGAGAGCUUCAAGUUCCUUGGUGUCCACAUCACCAACAAACUAUCAUGGUCCAAACACACCAAGACAGUCGUGAAGAGGGCACGACAACGCCUAUUCCCCCUCAGGAGACUGAAAAGGUUUGUCAUGGGUCCUCAGUGUCACGCCCUGGCUCUGGGGACACUUGUAUGUUGAGCCAGGGUGUGAGUUUCAUUUGUAUUCUAUGUGUUCCAUUUCUAUGUUGGCCAGUGUGGUUCUCAAUCAGAGGCAACGAGUGUCAGCUGUGGCUGGUUGUCUCUGAUUGGGAACCACAUUUAAACAGGCUGUUUUCCCACAGUAGUUGUGGGAUCUUGUUUCUAGUUGGUUUGUGUUAGACCGUAACUGUCACGUUAUCGUUUUGUUGUUUUGGUCGUGUAUCGCUAAAUAAAGAGUAUGUUUGCCUGCAACGCUGCGCCUUGGUCCUCCUCUCUUACCGACGAUUGUGACAGAAGAUCCCACCAGAACUGGACCAAGCAGCGGGUCCAGGAGCCAUCGCCAGGGAAAUCCCUAGCGGAUAUCCAGCGCCUCCUCGACUGGGUCAAGCCGGGUGAGGAAGAGAGGGGCUUGACGUGGAAGCAGAAGGGCGAAAGGCUGGCGAGAAGUAUGGAGACCUGGUCCACGGGUAGGAGUGAAGCCCAUACAAUUUUUAGGGGGGGGGCUAACGCCGUGGACGACGGGCCAGCAGGAGACCGCGACAGAGCGGCCCAGCGGGUUGGCAGAGGAGGCCGCCAGGUUACGGGGGCCACUGGUCGAAGAGGGGAUGGAAGGUGUAGAGGCACGGCGAGAGGUACUGGGGUGUGUUACCAGUCCGGUCCGGCCUGUUCCAGAUCCCUGCGUAGGGCCAGUGGUGUGUGUCCCCAGUACGGUCUGGCCUGUUCCUGCUCCCCGCACCAGGCCCAUGGUGCGAGUCUCCAGCCCGGUCCGGCCCGUUCCUGCUCCCCGCACCAAGCCAAUGGUGCGCAUCGCCAGCCCGGCCCGUCCUGUUCCUGCUCCCCGCACCAGGCCAAUGGUGCGCGUCGCCAGCUCGGCCCGGCCUGUUCCUGCUCCCCGCACCAAGCCUAUGGUGCGCUUCGCCAGCCCGGCCCGGCCUGUUCCUGCUCCCCGCACCAAGCCUAUGGUGCGCGUCGCCAGCCCGGUCCGGCCUGUUCCUGCCACUCGCACCAAGCCAGGGGUGCGAGUCAUCAGCCCGGUCCAGCCCGUUCCUGCUCCACGCACCAAGCCAGGGGUGCGUAUCGUCAGCCCGGCCCGGCCCGUUGCUGCUCCACGCACUAAGCCAGGGGUGCGCAUCGUCAGCCCGGUCCGGUCCAUUCCUGCUCCACGCACCAAGCCAGGGGUGCGCAUCGUCAGCCCGGUCCGGCCCGCUCCUGCUUCCCGCACCAAGCCAAUGGUGCGCGUCGCCAGCCCGGUUCGGCCCGCUCCUGCUCCUCACACCAAGCCAGUGGUGUGCGUCGCCAGUCCAGCACGGCCUGUGCCUGUUCUCCACACCAAGCCAGUGGUGGGCGUCGUCAGUCCGGCACGGCCCGUGCCUGUUCCACUGGUGCCUGGUCCGGCACCGGUCAGAUGCGUUACGCCGGAGCUAGAGCAAUCCGCUCCAUCAGUGUGCAGUCCAGCUCCGGCCAGCGGGGCCAGACCGGACCAGGGGUACUUUGGGGGGUUGGAGAGGGAGUGGGGAUCAGGCCCGGAGCCGGAUCCGCCGCCAAGGCGGAGUGCCCACCCGGUCCCUCCCCUGUGGUAUUUAGUUGGCGCGGUCGAAGUCCGCGCCUUUACGGGGGGGGUACUGUCACGCCCUGGCUCUGGGGACACUUGUAUGUUGAGCCAGGGUGUGAGUUUCAUUUGUAUUCUAUGUGUUCCAUUUCUGUGUUGGCCAGUGUGGUUCUCAAUCAGAGGCAACGAGUGUCAGCUGUGGCUGGUUGUCUCUGAUUGGGAACCACAUUUAAACAGGCUGUUUUCCCACAGUAGUUGUGGGAUCUUGUUUCUAGUUGGUUUGUGUUAGACCGUGAACUGUCACGUUAUCGUUUUGUUGUUUUGGUCGUGUAUCGCUAAAUAAAGAGUAUGUUUGCCUGCAACGCUGCGCCUUGGUCCUCCUCUCUUACCGACGAUCGUGACACUCAGAUCCUCCAAAAGUUAUACAGCUGCACCGUCAAGAGCAUCCUGAUUGGUUGCAUCACCACCUGAUAUGGCAACAGCUCGACAUCUAUCCGCAAGGCGCUACAGAGGGUAGUGCGUACGGCCCAGUACAUCACUGGGGCCAAACUUCCUGCCAUCCAGGGCCUCUAUAACAGGCGGUGUCAGAGGAAGGCCCUAAAAAUUGUCAAAGACUCCAGCCACCCUAGUCAUAGACUGUUCUCUCUGCUACCGCACGGCAAGCGGUACCGGAGCGCCAAGUCUACAUCCAAAAGGCUCCUUAACAGCUUCUACCCCCAAGCCAUUAGACUGCUAAACAGUUAAUCAAAUAGCUACCUGGACUAUUUGCAUUGACCCCCCCCCCCCCCCCCCCCCCCCUUUUUUUUUUCGCUGUUUAUUGUCUAUGCAUAGUCACUUUACCCCUAUCUACAUGUACAUAUUACCUCAAUUACCUCGACUAACCUGUACUCGGUACCGGUACCCCCUGUAAAUAGCCUCGUUAUUGUUAUUUAUUGUCUUUUUUUAAUUUCUUUUUUUACUUUAGUUUAUUUAGUUAAUAUUUUCUUCACUCUUAUUUUUCUUCAAACUGCAUUGUUGGUUUCACAGUAAGGUCUACACCUGUUGUAUUCGGCGAAUGUGAUAAAUACAAUUAGAAUUUGAUUUGAUUUGAGGAAGAAGAGGCAAUAUAAUGAUGGAGGGAGUGAAUCAACAAAGAGAGGAAGAAAGAGAGAAAGGAGGUGAAAAUGCUGACUGGUGCGUUGGUCGUCUGUGCGCCCCGGCCCAUUACUGGGUUCCAAAGUGAUGAUAGUGCAGAUCUGAUCUAGACCAGGCAGGCAAUCAUUUAAAGUACCUCCUGGCCACACUGCUAAUGUUAUUAUUAGGCCUCUUUAACUGGCUGUGUAUUAAUCACUGGUAUUAUGCACUGAUGCGCGUUCACACACACACACGGCACAAACACACACAAACACACACACACACACACACACACACACACACACACACACACACACACAACACACACACACCACACACACACACCACACACACACACACACACACACACACACACACACACACACACACACACACACACACACACACACACACACACACACCACACACACUCUUUAUGAGGCUGACCUUUCUGGUUUUUAUGAGUCUGUCUAAAAUCUGGGCCAGAUCCACCACUUUUCACCCACUUACCUGGCAUGAUAGAGGACAGCUUUAUAAUGCUGGAGAUUGGGAUGCAUGCAUGUGAUUGUGUGUGUGUAUAAGUGUCUAUGUGUGUGUGUGUGUGUGUAAGUGUCUAUGUGUGGGUAUAUAAGUGUCUAACUGGUCUAACUUGUGAAAGUGCGUUCUCUUUCGCUGAUCCUCAACACUGGGGCCCCUCAAGCGUGCGUGCUCAGCCCCCUCCUGUACUCCCUGUUCACCCAUGACUGCACGCCUCUAACUCAAUCAUCAAGUUUGCAGACGACACAACAGUAGUAGGCUUGAUUACCAACAAUGACGAGACUGCCUACAGGGAGGAGGUGAGGGCUCUGGGAGUGUGGUGCCAGGAAAAUAACCUCUCACUCAACAUCAACAAAACAAAGGAGAUGAUCGUGGACUUCAGGAAACAGCAGAGGGUGCACCCCCCUAUUCACAUCGACGGGACCACAAUGGAGAAGGUAGAAAGCUUCAAGUUCCUUGGCGUACACAUCACCGACAAACUGAAAUGGUCCACCACGCAGAGAGUGUGGUGAAGAAAGCGCAACUGAGCCUCUUCAACCUCUGGAGGCUGAAGAAAUUCGGCUUAGCACCUAAAACCCUCACAAACUUUUACAGAUGCACAAUUGAGAGCAUCCUGUUGGGCUGUAUCACCGCCUGGUAUGGCAACUGCACCGCCCACAACUGCAGGGCUCUCCAGAGGGUGAUGCGGUCUGCCGAACGCAUUACCGGGGGCAAACUACACGCCCUCCAAGACACAUAGAACACCCGAUGUCACAGGAAGGCCAAAAAGGACACGAACCACCCGAGCCACUGCCUGUUCACCCCGCUAUCAUCCUGAAGGCGAGGUCAGUACAGGUGCAUCAAAGCUGGGACCGAGAGAAUGAAAAACAGCUUCCAUCUCAAGGCCAUCAGACUGUUAAAUAGCCAUCACUAGCACAUUAGAGGCUGCUGCUGCCUAUAUAAAUCACUGGCCACUUUAAGAAAUGGAACACUAGUCACUUUAAAAAUGUUUACAUAUCUUGCACUACUCAUCUCAUAUGUAUAUACUGCAUUCUAUUCUAUAAUAUUCUACUGUAUCUUAGUAAAUGCCUCUCUGUCAUUGCUUGUCCAUAUAUGUAUAUAUUCUUAAAUCCCAUUCCUUACUAGUUUUGUGUGUAUUGGGUAUAUGUUGUGAAAUUGUUAGAUAUUACUGCACUGUCGGAGCUAGAAGCACAAGCAUUUCGCUACAUAACAUCUUCUAAACACGUGUAUUUGACAAAUAAGAUUUGAUUUGUCACAUACAAAUUGUCUCCUUGGCAUAUGACAGCAAAGGACAGGGUAGCCUUAGCGCUGUGCAUGCUCACUCCACUAGGGGUGUGGCAGCUUCUUGGGUGUUGUUCAGGGGGCAAGAUGAUUGGUGAUGUCUGUGCGGCAGCGAGUUGGGGUUCCCCACAUGCCUUUGUGAGGUUUUAUCGCUUGGACGUAACUGCUCACAGUGUGGCUCAUAGUGUUCCUAUGGCUAGGUACGAUAGUGAGUGUCAGGCAGCGUGCAGGUUGCGCAUUUAUCCGGGUUACCACAGCUCUCUUGUGGGAUAGAUCCUUGGGCUGCCAUGGUUUCUUCGACGAGGUCGGCUUGCGAAUGUUCAUAAUCAAGUCACAGCAGGUGCCCUGUUGUUUUGGACUUGCGGAUCCUUGGACUAGGACAAGCAGUUCCAGACUCCUUGGGUCUCUGUUUGAGCCUUUUUGUAACCGGUAGGAUCUAUGGACUUGGGCCGCCAUUGGUCAAUGUUAGGCAGCAUUUUGAGUUACCACAGUUCCCCUGUGAGAUUGAGGUUUGGGCUUCCUUGAUGGGCGGCAACGUGCAGAGUGCACAUUUAUCAGGGUUACCACAGUUACCCUGUGAGAUUGAGGUUUGGGCUUCCUUGAUGGGCGGCAACGUGCAGAGUGCACAUUUAUCAGGGUCACCACAUUUCCCCUGUGAGAUUGAGGUUUGGGCUUCCUUGAUGGGCGGCAACGUGCAGAGUGCACAUUUAUCAGGGUUACCACAGUUACCCUGUGAGAUUGAGGUUUGGGCUUCCUUGAUGGGCGGCAACGUGCAGAGUGCACAUUUAUCAGGGUCACCACAUUUCCCCUGUGAGAUUGAGGUUUGGGCUUCCUUGAUGGGCGGCAACGUGCAGAGUGCACAUUUAUCAGGGUUACCACAGUUACCCUGUGAGAUUGAGGUUUGGGCUUCCUUGAUGGGCGGCAACGUGCAGAGUGCACAUUUAUCAGGGUCACCACAUUUCCCCUGUGAGAUUGAGGUUUGGGCUUCCUUGAUGGGCGGCAACGUGCAGAGUGCACAUUUAUCAGGGUUACCACAGUUACCUUGUGAGAUUGAGGUUUGGGCUUCCUUGAUGGGCGGCAACGUGCAGAGUGCACAUUUAUCAGGGUCACCACAUUUCCCCUGUGGGUUUGAGGUUUGGGCUGCCGUGUCAGCGCGCGAGUACACCGUUUACAGGUUACUGCAGGUUUUCUGUGGGUUCAUAGACUCUGGUUGAUGCUACGCAGCGCGCCCGUGCGCUUUACCAAGUCACGACAGGUGUUCCGUUGUUUUGGACUUGCGGUUCCUUUUUACGAGUUCUGAUGUUUCAGGCUCGCAAGGUAAGUAUUGUUCCUGGAACCGUUGGGUCUAUGGACUUGGGCUGCAGUGGCGCAGUGGUCUAAGGCACUGCAUUGUGCUAGCUGUGCCACUAGAGAUCCUGGUUCGAAUCCAGGCUCUGUCUUAGCCGGCCCGUGACCCGGGAGACCCAUGGGGCGGCGCACAAUUGGCCCAGCGUCGUCCAGGGUAGGGGAGGGAAUGGCCGGCAGGGAUGUAGCUCAGUUGGUAGAGCAUGGCGUUUGCAACGCCAGGAUUGUGGGUUCGAUUCUCACAGGGGGAAAGUAUAAAAAAAUAAUGUAUGCACUCACUAACUGUAAGUCGCUCUGGAUAAGGGCGUCUGCUAAAUGACUUAAAUGUAAAUGUGUCGGUGCUCACAGCCAAGUUGCAGCAGGUUCCCUAUAUGAGGCUCUGACAGUUCAGGCUUCUUUGGUAAGUAUUAGUGAAGAAUUUGGCUUCUGUAAGCCCCCGGUAUUAUAGCCAAGAAGGCGGGGCGUCCGAGGGCGGGCUCUGCAUUCAUUGGCCCAUUGGGCGUGUUCUUCAGGUGAAUAUGAUUGGUUGUUGACUACCCCAUAGUAUGUUAUAUCUCGUUCCCUCCUUCAGGGAACAGUAGUUAUUUUCAUAAGUGUACGUUUGUGGGUGUGUCAGUAAAGCUACAGUACUGCAUGUGAGGGUGCUUACUGCUUACUGUAAGUGUCACAUCAGUUCUGAGUGUAAAUACAGCCAGUAGAUGUGUGUUUGUUCUGGAUCUGGGCCUACAGUGUGAUUAGUAGUCCUGCUAUACUACUGUUAGCUGGAGGCACGUCCUGAUUGACACAGGAUAUUGACCACUCUGGGAAAGUUUGACUGUAAAUUCUACGGACCUGAGAGGAUGGGAAUGCGAUGACCACAUCGUUUUGGCGGGAAGUCAAGAGUCAUUAGUUGAGUGGGGGUCGAUGGGUUGUGUGUGUUAGGGUGGUGUACGACUGAUAAGCUUGAUGGAGGAUGUUUGCAUUCAAUUAAGACAAUGACCACUUCAUAAGAUGAACAGAGAUUCACUGAGGUGUCAUUCUCCUGAUGUAUACAAUUCACUGAUAUGAACUGAUUGAUGGAUUGAUUGAUGAGUUGAUUUGUUAAAUGUUUGAUUGACAGGUGGGUUGGUUGAUUUGUUGGCUGGUUGAUGGAUGUAUUGACUGGAGGAGGGGCUGAUUGGGGUGUAGAUACAGUAGUCUAGUGGAUUUACUGAUCACUGAUUGGUUGAUGGAUGGUUUGUCCGAUAGAUGGAUGAAGGGUUGGAAGGAAAAUAUAAACAAAGCCACAGGAACAGUAGAGAAGAGGGAGAAACAGGAUUUUGAAACAGUUGUGGAACCAGUGCUUGAUGGCAUUUGCUGUUUUACUGGCAUAGUAAUUUUGGCAACCUAGAACCAAAACAUCUGACGUAAAUUACUACAAUUUAUAUUACGUAGUCUGUCCACGAGAGAUGACAGAUGCUUAAAUCGGGUCAUAUUGCAUACAACUGCCACAGAUAGAUUUGACAGAAUUGUCCAUUGGAUAAUGUAUCCAUCCACAUGUAAAACCGUCUACUUACAAUCAAUAGAUGGAUAGAUUAUCUCCUUCAAUAGAUGGAUAGAUUAUCUCCUUCAAUAGAUGGAUAGAUUAUCUCCUUCAAUAGAUGGAUAGAUUAUCUCCUUCAAUAGAUGGAUAGAUUAUCUCCUUCAAUAGAUGGAUAGAUUAUCUCCUUCUCCCCGCAGGUCAGACGGUGUGUCAGGGAGGGGCGGAGCAUCCGUGCUAUAAGAUGGCCUACUUCCGGGAUAUGACCAGCCGCGUUGCAUUCUGGGAGGCCAGAGAGGCAUGUGAGAUGGACGGAGGGUCCCUGCUGAGCAUAGAGAACGCUGCCGAGCAGAGACACAUAGAACACCUGCUACAGGUCAGUGUGUGUGUGUGUGUGUGUGUGUGUGUGUGUGUGUGUGUUUGUGUGUGUGUGUGUGUGUGUGUGUGUGUGUGUGUGUGUGUGUUUGUGUGUGUGUGUGUGUGUGUUGUGUGUGUGUGUGUGUGUGUGUGUGUGUGUGUGUGUGUGUGUGUUUGUGUGUGUGUGUGUGUGUUUGUGUGUGUUGUGGUGUGUGUGUGGUGUUUGUGUGUGUGUGUGUGUUUUGUUUGUGGUGUGUGUGUGUGUGUGUGGUGUUUGUGUGUGUGUGUGUUGUGUGUGUGUGUUGUGUGUGUUGUUGUUGUGUUGUGUUUGUGUGGUGUUUGUGUGUGUGUGUGUUGUGUGUGUGUGGUGGUGUGUGUGUGUGGUGUGUGUGUGGUGUGUUGUGUGUUUGUGUGUUGUGUGUGUUUGUGUGUGUGUGUUGUGUUUGUGUGUGUGUUUGUGUGUGUUGUGUGUGUGUUGUGUGUGUGUUGUUGUUGUGUGUGUGGUGUGUGUGUGUGUGUGUUGUGUUGUGUGUGUGUGUGUGUGUUCUGUGUGUGUGUGUGUGUGUGUUUUGUGUGUGUGUGUGUGUGUGGUGUGUGUGUGUGGUUGUGUGUGUGUGUGUCUGUCGUGGUCUUGUGUCUGUGUUUUGUGUGUUUGUGUUUGUGUGUGUGUGUCUGUGAGGUUUGUGUUGUUUUUUUGUGUGUUUGUUUUGUGGUGUUGUUGUUGUGACAUGUACACACAAAAUCCUAACUGUCAUGAAUGUGUAUUGUUUUGUUUGUAUGUAGGGACAUAUAUACCCCUAUUUAUUAUAUGUACUUACAGGAUAAUAUACAUACAGUGAGAGAAAAAAGUAUUUGAUCCCCUGCUGAUUUUUUUACGUUUUCCCACUGACAAAGAAAUGAUCAGUCUAUAAUUUUAAUGGUAGGUUUAUUUGAACAGUGAGAGACAGAAUAACAACAAAAAAAUCCAGAAAAACGCAUGUCAAAAAUGUUAUAAAUUUGAUUUUGCAUUUUUAAUGAGGGAAAUUAGUAUUUGACCCCUCUCAAUCAGAAAGAUUUCUGGCUCCCAGGUGUCUUUUAUACAGGUAACGAGCUGAGAUUAGGAGCACACUCUUAAAGGGAGUGCUCCUAAUCUCAGCUUGUUACCUGUAUAAAAGACACCUGUCCACAGAAGCAAUCAAUCAAUCAGAUUCCAAACUCUCCACCAUGGCCAAGACCAAAGAGCUCUCCAAGGAUGUCAGGGACAAGAUUGUAGACCUACACAAGGCAGGAAUGGGCUACAAGACCAUCGCCAAGCAGCUUGGUGAGAAGGUGACAACAGUUGGUGCGAUUAUUUGCAAAUGGAAGAAACACAAAAUAACUAUCAAUCUCCCUCGGCCUGGGGCUCCAUGCAAGUCUCACCUCGUGGAAUUGCAAUGAUCAAGAGAACGGUGAGGAAUCAGCACCAGAACUACACGGGAGGUCUUGUCAAUGAUCUCAAGGCAGCUGGGACUAUAGUCACCAAGAAAACAAUUGGUAACACACUACGCCGUGAAAGACUGAAAUCCUGCAGCGCCCGCAAGGUCCCCCUGCGCAAGAAAGCACAUAUACAGGCCGUCUGAAGUUUUCCAAUGAACAUCUGAAUGAUUCAGAGGAGAACUGGGUGAAAGUGUUGUGGUCAGAUGAGACCAAAAUUGAGCUCUUUGGCAUCAACUCAACUCGCCGUGUUUGGAGGAGGAGGAAUGCUGCCUAUGACCCCAAGAACAUCAUCCCCACCAUCAAACAUGGAGGUGGAAACAUUAUGCUUUGGGGGUGUUUUUCUGCUAAGGGGACAGGACAACUUCACCGCAUCAAAGGGACGAUGGACAGGGCCAUGUACCCAUGUACCUCAAGAAGAAGCACAUUAAGGUCCUGGAGUGGCCUAGCCAGUCUCCAGACCUUUAGCCCAUAGAAAAUCUGUGGAGGGAGCUGAAGGUUCGAGUUGCCAAACGUCAGGCUCGAAACCUCAAUGACUUGGAGAAGAUCUGCAAAGAGGAGUGGGACAAAAUCCCUCCUGAGAUGUGUGCAAACCUGGUGGCCAACUACAAGAAACGUCUGACCUCUGUGAUUGCCAACAAGGGUUUUGCCACCAAGUACUAAGUCAUGUUUUGCAGAGGGGUCAAAUACUUACUUCCCUCAUUAAAAUGCAAAUCAAUUUAUAACAUUUUUUACAUGCGUUUUUCUGGAUUUUUUGUUGUUAUUCUGUCUCUCACUGUUCAAAUAAACCUACCAUUAAAAUUAUAGACUGAUCAUGUCUUUGUCAGUGGGCAAACAUACAAAAUCAGCAGGGGAUCAAAUACUUUUUUCUCUCACUGUACAAUAUAUAUAUUAUUUGUUACAGGAGCUUCGGACCUCCUCAACAGGAGCAGGGACAGGAACAGGGGUUGGAGCGGGUACCAGUACCGGUAAUGGAGGAAUAGCAGACGGCGAUUUCUGGAUCGGGCUGACAAGGACAGAUGGAGAGAACACACAGGAACAAGACGACUUCACCUCCUGUCCCGACCUCUACCGCUGGACCGAUGGGAGUGUGUCACAGUUCAGGUGUGUGUGUGUGUGUAUGUGUGUGUGUGUGUGUAAAAGGAACUGAGACUUUGACAAAGCCUUAUGUUGCGUUAGGCAUGUGUUUGUUAAGGUCUUUAUGUGUGUGUGUUAGGAACUGGUAUUUUGACGAGCCGUCGUGUGGAGGGGAGGCGUGUGCAGUGAUGUACCAUCAGCCUACAGCUCUCCAUGGGCUGGGCGGGGCCUACAUGUACCAGUGGAAUGACGACAGGUGCAACAUGAAGCACAACUUCAUCUGCAAGUACGAACCAGGUACGACUACACAGCAUCACACAGGUACGCCAACGUGACGGCAGAUGAGUUGUGUGUGUCUUGUGGAGUGUUCUUUAUGUCUGCCUCUAAGAGCUGUUUCUGUUGUUGUGUUUUACAACAUUACACUAACAGAAAUGCAUAUCAGUUUUGUUAAAUCCUGUUUUUGUUUUUUUCUGAUUCUGAUCUUGAUACAGAGAGCCAUCUGGUGAAGGAGCAGGGGGACAGGCCUGGAGCUCAUGACCCAGGUGAGGGAACGCAUAAUGGGGCAUAGCCCAGCUACAGCAGCCCCUUCUACUGGAGGUCUGGCUUGGUUUGCUGUAGUAUAUCCCUGUUUGAUCUAGUUUCUGUGUUUAUGUCUGUGUCUGCCUGUCUGUCUGUCUGUCUGCCUGUCUGCCUAUCUGUCUCUCUGUCUGUUCCAGAUGUGACGGUGGCGCAGACAAAAGAGGUCAAACAGCCUGGACCCAGUGAGGAGGAUGACGCCCCACACGUAGUCAUAGCCGGAACCUCAGGUGAGACAGGUGGAGGUGAGACAGGUAAAUUGAUGAAAUAG